UACUCCAUCACUGCUGAUACCACUUCCUGGAACUAUAGCCUCCACAGAUAAAUACUCAGUGUUUAAAGGAAUCUCUGCUGACAAGCCCUCUGAAAACCCUGCUUCGUUUGGAGAGUCUGGCGACAAAUACAGUGCAUUCAGGGAACUUGAGCAAACAGCAGAGAGUAAGCCUUUAGGAGAAAGCUUUGCCGAGUUCAGAUCCACAGGAACGGAUGACGGCUUCACCGACUUCAAGACCGCAGAUAGUGUGUCACCCCUAGAGCCACCGACAAAAGACACUUUUCCAGCAGCCUUUCCCUCCGGAGCUGCACAACAGAAACAGACACAAGUGAAAACCCCCCUGAACUUAGCAGACCUAGAUAUGUUCUCCUCAGUAAAUUGCAGUGGUGAGAAACCAGUACCCUUUUCACCUGCAUUUGGCACGUCAAAGUCAGUUUCCACAAGACCUCCACCAGCCGGCUCUGCGGCAGCCUCGGCAGCACUGGCAUCCACUAAAACUUCUAGUUUGGUAGAUGAUUUUGGAGAGUUCAACCUCUUCGGGGAAUACUCAAAUCCUGCCUCUGUUGGGGAGCAGGACGACUUUGCAGAUUUCAUGGCUUUCGGCAACAGCUCUAUUUCAUCUGAGCCAAAAGCAGAUGACAAAUAUGAUGUCCUCAGAGAGGAAGUGAGUCCCAGCCCCUUGGCCAGCAGCACAGCGGAGAGUGCACAGAACCCACCUGCUGCAUCUUCCAAGUACGAUGUCUUCAAACAGCUCUCCCUAGAGGGAGCUGGACUGGCCAUCGAGGAGUUCAAAGAGAACACUCCUUCCGCAAAGAGUGACGAUGACUUUGCUGACUUCCACUCCAGUAAAUUUUCAUCCACAAGCUCCGACAAAUCCCUGGGAGAGAAAGUGGUGGCUUUCAGACACGCCAAGGAAGACUCUGCCUCCGUGAAGUCUUUAGAUCUCCCCUCCAUCGGUGGCAGCAGCGUUGGCAAGGAGGACUCUGAAGAUGCGCUUUCUGUUCAGUUUGACAUGAAACUGGCGGAUGUGGGAGGCGAUCUUAAGCAUGUCAUGUCUGAUAGCUCUUUGGAUUUACCAACAGUUAGUGGCCAGCAUCCUCCUGCCGCAGCAGGAAGUGGGUACUUCUCCACCACCUCAGAUCUUCUAAAGAGAGAGACUUCAUUUGGCAGCUCUGAGAACAUCACCAUGUCAUCUCUCUCCAAAGGAACGGCCUUGGCAAGCGAGGACACUCUCCAGGGGACUCCCUUCCCAGCUUUCGCCAGCUUUAAAGACAUGAUGCCCCAGACCACUGAGCAGAAAGAGUACGAAAGUGGGGACUACCAGGACUUCUCAAGGAAGGACCUGCCCACAGUAGAACGAAGCCAAGAGACCACAUGUCCAAGCCCAGCUUUCAGUGUCACUUCUCAUGAAACCCCCAAAGAGUGUGCAGACGACUUUGGAGAAUUUCAAAGUGAAAAACCCAAAAUCAGCAAGUUUGACUUUUUAGUAGCCAAUUCGCAAAGCAAAAUGAAGUCCAGUGAAGAAAUGAUCAAAAGUGAGCUGGCAACCUUUGACCUUUCUGUUCAAGGAUCACACAAGAGAAGCUUAAGCCUCGGGGAUAAAGAAAUAAGUCGAUCCUCUCCUUCUCCAGCCCUGGAGCAGCCUUUCAGAGACCGUUCCAACACUCUGAGUGAGAAGACAGCGCUGCCCGUCAUCCGAGACAAGUACAAAGACCUGACCGGUGAGGUGGAGGAAAAUGAGAGAUACGCGUAUGAGUGGCAGAGAUGCCUGGGGAGCGCCCUGGAUGUCAUUAAAAAGGCAAAUGACACCUUAAAUGGCAUUAGCAGCAGUGCUGUUUGCACGGAAGUUAUCCAGUCAGCCCAAGGCAUGGAAUAUCUUCUAGGCGUCGUGGAAGUGUAUCGAGUAACCAGGCGUGUGGAGCUGGGGAUUAAAGCCACUGCUGUUUGCAGUGAGAAACUCCAACAGUUGCUGAAGGACAUUGAUAAAGUGUGGAACAACCUGAUUGGCUUCAUGUCACUUGCCACACUCACGCCAGACGAAAAUUCACUGGAUUUUUCCUCCUGUAUGUUACGGCCUGGGAUUAAGAACGCUCAGGAGCUGGCUUGUGGGGUGUGUCUCUUAAAUGUGGACUCUAGGAGCCGGAAAGAAGAGAAGCCUGCAGCAGAACAGCCUAAAAACGCAUUCAACUCGGAAACAGACAGCUUCAAGCUGGCCUACGGAGGCCACCAGUACCACGCCAGCUGUGCCAACUUCUGGAUCAACUGUGUUGAACCCAAGCCUCCCGGCCUCCUCCUGCCAGAUCUGCUCUGAAAGCUGCUCAAUGAAGCUCCAGCUGAUGUUUGGUUGUUUCUGUCACAUGACUCAGGGUGACUGGGAUCAAUAAACAGAAUGCAAGUACUGCAAAGUUCCCUUCCAUCCAUCUCUUUGAAGCAUUCCCUGAGAGGUGGGAUAGAAAAACUGCAAUGGAGGUUCCCAUCAGACAGCCUUUGACCACUAUCUCCCCCACCCCUUUGAGACUUGAGGUAAAUUGGUAGACCUAAACUGCACGUGACACUGGACGCUUGUUUGCUUAUCUCUUCUGGUUUUUGUCCAUGGUGAUGUUGCUUUGACUUUUUUUCCCCAAGGAUAGGAUCUUGAUGCAAGCUCAUGGCUGACCUUGAAUUUGUAGCAAUCCUCCUGUCUCUGCCUCCCAAGUGCUGGAUCACAGGCAUGUGCCACCAUAACCUUUUCUCUUGUUCUCUUAAGAUAUUUUAAGAUAUGGACCACAGUUUUCUGUAAGGAGUAAUCUGCUGCUGAAGUGCUUAAAAUGUGAAAAAUUAACUGAAGAAGAAAAGUAAGUUAUUCUAGGACUGGAAUCCGCAAGUUUGUCUCCAGCCAUUGCUCGCUUAUAUCUCCAAAUUUAGGGGCCCAUCUCUCUGCAUUUUGCUUGUAAAUACUUGAAAUGAAUAAAAGGGCAUUGUGAUUAAACUGA